UUUCCUCGGUCGUCUCUCUGAAGGUAAAUAAACUGUACACGCGAUUGAAUGAUGACGCAUUGAAGAAAUGUGUAAACGCGUCGCGCUGGCUAGCUGUUUACGUGUAGUUUUUGGGAAGGGAAGAAGUUGCUUAGCCUGAAGAAUAAAGGAAAGUAUUCAUAAAUAAACCUACUAGGCCUAGGCUAGUUCAAGUACUAAAAGGCAUAAUGAGUCAAUAUGAUGGCUAUACGUCGCCGGAGUACAACGACGAUCAGAGUUUUAGGGCCGAGAAGCAAAAUGAGUUCGAAUACAUAAAUCCAGCUUCAUCUAGGCCUAGCCAGCAAGUUGGCGAUUACGACCAAGGGAACAGCAUGUCAGGAUCAUUUGAUACAAAAGUAGACCUUGGUGACAUGGACUACGAUGAAGGUCAAGGGCAAACACCUACUGCAAGAAAGAGAAAGGGUGCCACAAGUUUCCUCCAGAAAAAAGAUUAUGGCUGGCUUUUGGAAGUUGAUGACGACGAUGAUGAUAACGAAACACCUCUUUUGGAGGAGCUUGAUAUUGAUCUGAAAGACAUAUAUUACAAGAUUCGCUGUGUCAUAUUCCCGUGUUCAUUCUUGGGCUUUAAGCGUCAGAUAGUGAGAGAUAGCCCUGAUUUCUGGGGGCCACUUCUUGUGGUGCUCUGUUUCUCGCUCAUCUCAGUGUAUGGACAGUUUAGGGUUGUAUCUUGGAUUAUAACUAUUUGGAUCACUGGAUCUUUAAUUAUAUUUCUUCUGGCAAGAGUACUUGGAGGCGAGGUGAACUAUUCGCAGUGCCUUGGUGUCAUUGGUUACUCACUGUUACCCAUGAUCUUCACUGGUUCCUUGUUACCAUUCAUAUCAUCUUUACAUUACUUGGCCUUAUUUGUCAAGUUCUUUGGUGUUGCUUGGUCAUCGUACAGUGCUGGGUGUCUGCUGGUUCAGGAUGAAUUGAAAAACAGGAAACCCCUUCUUCUCUAUCCCAUCCUGUUAUUGUACAUAUACUUUUUAUCUUUAUUUACUGGUGCAUAAAUAGGGAUAAUUACUGUAUAUAAUUAUUUAAUUUUAUUGGAAUAUUUUAUUUGGUAGAAAAUCCUGGAAAACAGUGUAACAAAUAUAUAAAAAAUAUGAAAAUGCCU